AUGGCAGACUACACUGAGACAUAUUCCGAGCUUUUGAAUGUUUUUUCCCUGGGAGAGGAAACAACAGAUUUACCUGUCACAAAAGUCCCAGCACCAAAAUCCCCAUACCCAGAUACAGCACCAGUAGCAACAGAAGUGCUCAAAAAACACCUGGCAGACCUCCAGAACACCUCCUAUUCGAACACUACUACUACACCACCUACUUACAACAGGAGAUCCAAGGGCUGCAAUGAUUAA